AUGUACUAAAUUUAUUUGACUUUUCUAAGAGACAUUGAUGUUGAAUUGAAAAAAACAAUUGAAUCAUCAACAUAAGUGGUCAACGAUCACAUUCUACAAAGAACAUGUAAAUAAUAAGACUUAGAAUUUGUUACUAAAAAAUUAGAAGAUUUCAAAUUUCAGGUUGACAAGUACGGAAUUUAGGCCAUUGAAAAAUUUAGAGAAAAUUUAAAAGCUAACAUUGAGGGUCCAAUAUAAGCAUAGACACAUUUUAUUGCAAUGAAAAAUUAGAGAUAAAAAAGCAAAUCUUAUAAGGUUGAUGACUUAGAAAGAGUGAUUGAUAACAGAAUCUAAGAAGCAAGCGAAAAAUAGAAAUAACAAUUAAUUCAUUAUUUGGACACAUUUGAAGAGGAAUUCAAAUUUCAAAAUUAAGAAAUGGCAAAUGAAUAUUAAUAAAUAGAAAAGGAACUAGAGGAGUUAUAACUAAAGGAUUGAUUUUGUUUUUC